AUGGCCUCGAUCCCAGCAUUCUCUCGCCUUGUGCGAUUCGUGCCCAAGUCCGACCCUUCACGGAUUCUCAUCGGCCAGCCGCAGCAGAGUGGCCUGGAUGUUGGCGUUGCGACGCGCAGGGGGGAGAAUGUCUCGGUAGACGUCUUCUCGGGAACCUCGAUCCUAUCGCCAGGCAAAGAAACAGGUGUGGUUGAAAUGAUUGACCGUGUUCUUUCUCCCUUGGCUCAGGACGAAGUUGGAACCAUCAGAUGCAUUGGGUUGAAUUACAAACAGCACGCAGCUGAAGUGCAAAUGGAUAUCCCUUCCAUCCCUACAGUCUUCCUGAAGCCUGCAAACGCCGUCGGCGACCCUUGGCCUGCUCCAACAAUCUUACCCAAGCUCACUCAGCUCGAUGAUUGUGGCGAUUACGAGUCGGAACUAGCAGUCAUCAUUGGCAAGGCAGCCAAAAACGUCAGUGAGGCCGACGCUCUCGACUACGUUCUAGGCUACACGGCUGUGAAUGACAUUUCAAGCCGAACCUCUCAGCUUAACCAAUCCCAAUGGUCUUUCUCGAAGGGCUUCGAUGGAGCAUGCCCUCUGGGUCCAGUCAUUGUUUCUACAUCUGUUAUUCCCGACGUGUCAAAUCUUUGGCUUCGGGGACUCAAAAACGGGAAGGUUGUUCAAAAUUGUGGUAUCAAUGACCUAAUCUUCGGUGUCCCCAAGCUAGUCAGCUUUCUCUCGCAAAGUACCACUCUUCCCUCUGGUACGGUUAUCAUCACCGGAACCCCAGCUGGAGUUGGUUUGGGUCGGACGCCUAAGGAGACACUGAGGCAUGGGGAUGAGUUUGCUGUUGAGAUUUUGCCACAUAUUGGAACACUAUUCAAUGUCUUUGAGAAUGAAGAGUAG